AUGGCAUCGGCGAUGUUCCUCUCGUGUGCAUUGCUGUGCAGCUUGCUGGCAGAAGCUCUCAGAGACAGCGCCUCUGAAUCCCUGGCUUUAGACUCUGUCCCUGAGGGCCGAGCUGAAGGCGAGACGGAGCCGUGUGCGAAAGAAGCCAACGAGACGAAGCGGGUGCUGCGGGAACUCGGCUAUUCAGGCGAGCCGCGCGAAAGCCAAGUCAUUUGGUAUGCAGACAACGGAUGCGUCCACAGGAUUGUGUGCUCCGAAUGCGCUGGCCGCCUGCCAGAACGGAUUCAUUUGCAACACCUCGACACUGUAGAGCUCACAUCGCCGAAACUGACAGGCAACAUCCGUGCAUUUGAGGGCCUCAAGGAACUUCAAAGACUAAACUUGAAGAACACCCAAGUUGAAGGCGACAUUGGAGUGUUUGCUUCAACCCCCAGGCUCCUGAACUUGUACCUGCAAGGCACCCAAGUCAAAGGUGACCUUGAAGUCUUUCGCAAGACCCCGGAGCUUGAGAGCUUGGGCCUGGAGCAUACCCAUGUGGUUGGUGAUAUCCAGGCCCUCGAAGCAACGACCAGGCUUACUCAGCUCUGGCUGCAUACCACCAGCGUUUGGGGAAGUGUCAAAGCAUUGAGGUCCACACCACGUCUCCAGUGGUUGUAUUUGGGAAAGACGAAAGUGCAUGGAGAUCUUCGAGCGUUGGGGGAUUUGCGUUCGCUUUUUGAGUUGGAUCUGGCCCACACUGACUUGGUCGGUGAUUUAGAGCAGUUGCCAAAAGCCCACCGCUUGGAGAUCCUGAAGUUGCGCGGCACUCGGGUGAGUGGAAACCUGUCCACACUGCUUCGGUGGCCGCGUCUCAAGAAAGUGGACUUGUCCAGCACAGGGGUCAGGGGUGGCGUCACUGAAGCCUGGAGAGGCCGGCUUCGGAUUCUCCAAGUCCUCAAGCUGGCCAAGUCCUCCGUUCGGUUUGUGCCAAGAGGGGAUGAGUUGGCCAAGCUGAAGCAGGUCUGGGAAGAUGAAGAUCAUGCCCUACUAAAGGAGUUGAAGAGCUUGGACGUGAGCGGCUGUCCCUUAAACUGCACCGUCAGCGACUUCCUCAUGCCGCUGGCCAUAGCCAGGAUCACGACCAUCAAAGCUGCGCGGGCCGGACUGCAAGGUCAAGUUCACGCGUUGACCCAUGUCGGCGGGGUCACAAUCUAUGCCAGUGAAGAUUUUUCUUACGAGUCUGAUGACGAAACCUUCCCCCUUGCCAAUUCCUUGUUGUUGUUGGACUUGACCGGCAACAAUGUGACCCAUAUGCCACGGCUUCCUUUGGCCCCUGGUUCGCGCCGCUUUCUGCUGCGUGACAUAGACAAGCUCCAUUUGGGUCCCACUGUCCUAUCGCAAGCACUGAAGGAAGGGACGAUCCUGGACUUGUCUGGAACAACUGUGGUUAACAAGGAUGAGGCGAAGCGACUACUCCAGGAAGAUGUGCUGAAAAUCACCGACGACCAUGCCUUUCGGGACACUCACGGAGGCUUUGUGUGCAAAAACCUGCUCGGAUUCAACAUCUUCGUCACUCCCUCAAAGUUUCUCCCCGACCAGCUCUGCCAAUGCAUGGCAGGAAGGUAUGGCAGAGGCGCCGCAUGCCAAACAUGUCCUGCCAACACGUUCAGCAAACGUUUGGGCCAAAGGGAUUGCACCAAAUGCCCCGCCAACAGCACAGCAAAACAAGGCUCCAGCAAGCCAGGCGAUUGUCGAUGUGCCUACGGAAGGCUGCACAACGGCACCUGCGGAUGUGAUCUUCACCAUGCUUUACAGGGCAGUGACUGCAUUCCAUGCACGCGGCUUCGUUUGCAGUGCAACCAGACAGGAAGCGCUGCCGCAACAGCCCCGCCUGAAGUGCAGCAUGCGCGCUUGGAAGCAAAGGCUGAAGUAGCACACAGGUGUCUCCCACCUAAUGCAUCCAGCCGCUGCCCUGGAAGCAACCAGUGUGGCCUCGGUUACAAUGGCACCUUAUGUUCAAGCUGCGCAGAUGGAUUUUGGGCCGCCAGAGGACUUUGCUGGCCAUGCGCAUCAGCAGCAAGCCCAACAUCAGCUUGGUCGCUCGUAGCAUUGGGCAUAGCAGCGCUGGUGGCUGCAAUUCUCCUUGGCUACCGCAUGAUGUACUCGGCCCCAACCUCACAACCGCCGAGGGUGAAGAGCCUUUUGCAGAAGCUUCUUGCUUUGCAGGGCCCUGUGCUCCUUCAAAUGGCACAGCUCUGGGGUGUUUUGAGCCGAUUAGGCCGUCGGGGCAGUCGACAAGGCCUUCGGGAGAUUCCAUACAUGGAAGCUUUGCAACUGACGGCGACGGAAGUCCAAAACUCAUUAAACUUGCAAUGCAGCUUCGACGCCGAAAUGGUGCGAACCAUGACGGCUCUCAGUUCUCCGUUGACGCCGCUGCUGUUGUUGAUUUGCUGCAGUGCUUUGGAGUACUUUCGUGCUGGUUUGGGCGUCAACAUGGCGUUGAGGACGCUGACACUCCUAUUCAUUGGGGGUGCUUCCAGUACGGCAGAGCUGCUCAGUUGCCAAGCAGAGGAUGGAGAUGGUGAGAGCCUUGAAGACUUUGCUUUUCGCAAAGCUUUCCGUCAUUUGCGCUGCUCUGAUCACGAUGGAGUUGCCUUCUGGAUUGACGCAGUCGGCUGUGGCUGUGCUGUGGCCUACGGUGUGUUGAUCCCGCUCCUCCUCGCUGGCCUCAUGAUGAAGCAGUAUUUUGCGCUUCGUGAAGCUCGGCUUUGUUAUGCCCAUGUAGAAGAAGAGCCUCGACGAACCACGUUGCAGAUCAACACCCUGCGAGGACAGCUAGCAAAGGAGGUCCUUCCUGGACGUUUGCUGGCAGCUGCGGCAGCCCACUUGGCAGUUCAUUGCCGCGGAAGACGGCAUGUGCAGCUGCAGGAGGAAUACGUCAUCAUAACAUCAGAGGGGCCAGUCGAGAAGGCGGAAGAGUUGGAUGCUAUGAAAUUGGUGGCCGAUGAUGACACAUCCAGAGACUUGGAUACGCUAAGAAGCCGCAAGAUUGCCGAGAUGUUGACCGAGCGCACGAUGGUUGCAGAGUCCUCCGAUCGGUGGCUUCAAGGCGCUCAACCGCUUUUGUUCAAGUAUGCCGUUGCCCAGGACAUUUGGACGGACGUGCUUAUGAAGCUGUAUGCUGUUGCACUGGUCUCCUGUGUGUCCAUGAUGGACGCAUGGAAAUGGGCAGUGGCCUUCAGCUUGGGUGUGGCGGUUCUGGUUGGUGUCUACCAGCCAUACAUGCAGCCGCAGGUGAGCCAUUUGCAGAGCCUGAGCUGCUUUGCCUUAGCCGUGACUUCUGUGGCUUUUGUGUAUGACCUCCGUUGGUUGGCGAGGGUGGCAUUGCUGUCGCCAGUGCUGCUGCUGCUAUGGCAGGCACGUUGCCCAGACUGCACAGAGGCGUUGGCCGAACGCAUCUACCAGGUUCUUGUGGAAGCUGGCGAGGCUCCCAUGCAUGUCUUCCAAAGACAAAUGCCCUUCCAUCCUCCCUCUAGGAGUUACAGGCGGAACUACCAAAGUUGCAGCGGCUGGAGGCGCACGAAGUCCAUGUGCAGCUCUUACGGCUGUAGCUCGCGCCACAGACUUCCAGCAUCGCACUGGAGCCGCGGUGUGGGAUCCAGAUGA